UAGAGGACUACCAGAACAUUUCUCAUCAAACUGAAGGAAAAAGAAGCUCAGAUGCUCAUGUCUGCUGAACUGCAGAACUUUCCUGCUUUGUACACAGCUCCAAAAGUGGAGGCCACAAGCUGUGAGAGAAAGGAGGAACCUGGAGGAUGCUUAAAUAGGAGGAUGGUCUUCUCCAGUCAGCCAGCAGCUGCUCCAGCUUCCAGGUCAACAUGAAGGCUCUCCUCACCCUGGGACUCCUCCUGCUCUCUGCCACUGUCCAGGCCAAGGUCUAUGAGCACUGUGAGUUAGCCAGAACUCUGAAAAGGAGUGGAAUGGAUGGCUAUAGAGGAGUCAGGCUGGCAGACUGGGUGUGUUUAACUCAGCAUGCAAGUAAUUUUGACACAGAAGCUAUAAACUACAACUCUACAAACCAAAGCACCGACUAUGGGAUAUUUCAGAUCAACAGCCGACAAUGGUGUGAUGAUGGCAAAACCGCAGGAGCAGUGAACGCCUGUGGGAUACCCUGCAGCGCUCUGCUGCAGGAUGACAUCACUCAAGCCAUACAAUGUGCAAAGAGGGUUGUGAGAGAUCCACAAGGCAUUAGAGCAUGGGUGGCAUGGAGAGACCACUGUCAAAACCGAGAUCUGUCUCAGUAUGUUGGGGACUAUGUAGACUAACCACUAUGUGCUUCACUUCAGCUCUUGCUGUCUCUUUCUCACUAUAGGAGCAGUCAUGAGAAAGGUCACACUUGCUUUCCCACAAACAGAAUCUAAACAGAAACAGGAACAGGAGCAAAAUGGGACUUUUUCUUAAGAGGCUUAAUGCCAACAUCCAUGUCCAAUGUUCAGUUAGCUAGUGCAGUGGAUGCUGGUGACAUCACCCAGCACUUCGGUCAUCACACACAUCUCUACACAUCAGUUCUUCACCAAUGAAGAAAUUCACAUUAAGUUUAAUCAGAAUUAAUCCAAAUCUCCCCUGUUUUGGAUAAAAAUACAACAAGUAUUUACAGGAGACAAGAUGGACUUAGGUAAAAUGGCAGCUGUGUGAGCCUCAAGGCUUUGUGUGUGGGCUCAGCUCAGACACUUAGAACAGCCACUGUGGUGGGCAAGGAGGGUUUUAAGGGAACACAACUCUGAGUGGAUGACAACUGAGACUCCCUGAACUCAGAACCUUGUUGUGAUCAAACAUGUGACCUUUCCCAACAGUGCUUUCUUAGAGCUGGCCCAUUUAUACUGCUUAAAAAGUGAAUUCUCAACCCAUGUGCCAGUCUGUUUUAACCCUUGAGAGAAUGUUCCCAUGCCUCUUGCUGAUCAUGAGGGUAUUCAGGAGGGACUAGUGAGCUGUGCUUGACCUUAACUUUCUGAAGUAGCUUCAUGCCCAUGAACUAACUCUGAGACAGAGGAGCUUGUAUCAGCAAAUAACCACAGGAGCAAAACAAAGCACAUUGUGAAAAACUUCAAACAGCAUUAAAUGAUUUUGAAUGCA